CUCCAAAACUAGCCGUCAAUUAGAGCAAGUUAAUUGUUUAACUUCAGUUAAAAUCUAUUUACAACAUAAUUAAUGUAAUUUAGCAUUUAAAAUAGGUUGAUUAUUUAAAAAUUAAGUGCGAUCAAUGUAUAAUGUUUGUUUGCUGUUAUCAACAGCCAUGUUAAUGCUGCUGAAUAACAUCCCUGUUCUCGUGACGUAUGUGAGCCAGACGACUAAUGGAAAAAAGUGUAUCACAUAACUCUGUCGUAGUUGUAUUUUCGUUAAUAAUUAGGACGUAAAUUUGCUAAAUUAGUGGCUCGCAACUGGUUAAAAGCGGUUGCGUAUGCCAAUUAAAUCUGUCAGAGUUCACGAAUAGAUGUACACUGUGUAAAAUCGAUAUACUAGCUGCAUAUAUAUGUGUGUGUGUGCAUAACGACUAAACGACAAUUACGAGGACGCGUUUCGAAAGAAUAUUAUUUUGCGAUGCAUUCGCUUAAUUGGACAUCGCGUCUGAUAUCACGGGCGUUACGCAGUAGCUUCUCAACGCUGCUCGACUCGGCAACGGGUGCCACAACCAAAGGUGCUGCAAAGCCAAACUCUAAUCGAUCUCGACCCCGAUUCGUUUCGGUGGUUUGUGGGUUUGCCAAGGACAAUCUGCGACACAAAUACAAGCCGGGCAAAUACGGCGAAGACUCCUGGUUCAAAGCAUCCACCGAGCAGGCGGAUGUGAUGGGCGUGGCCGAUGGUGUCGGCGGCUGGCGGAGCUACGGCAUCGAUCCGGGCGAGUUCUCAUCGUUUCUGAUGCGCACAUGCGAGCGCCUGGUGCGCUGCACCCACUUCAAUCCGCAACGACCCGUCAACCUGCUUGCCUACAGCUACUGCGAGCUAAUGGAGCAAAAGAAACCCAUUCUGGGCAGCAGCACAGCCUGUGUGCUCAUCCUGAAUCGUGAGACGAGCACGGUGCACACAGCCAACAUUGGCGACAGUGGUUUUAUGGUGGUGCGUGCCGGUGAAAUAGUCCACAAAUCGGAGGAGCAACAGCACUACUUUAACACACCCUUCCAACUAUCGCUGCCCCCGCCCGGCCAUGGGCCAAAUGUGCUCAGCGACAGUCCCGAAUCUGCGGACACAAUGAAUUUUCCCGUCAAAGAGGGUGAUGUCAUACUGAUCGCCACCGAUGGCGUUUUCGAUAAUGUGCCCGAGGAUCUGAUGUUGCAGGUGCUGCGCGACGUUGAGGGCGAAAGGGAUCCCGUCAAGCUACAAAUGACAGCAAAUACUCUGGCACUGAUGGCACGCACUCUGUCCCUCAACAGCGAGUUCCUCUCCCCCUUUGCGAUCAGUGCGCGUCGCAAUAAUAUACAGGCGCGUGGCGGCAAACCGGACGACAUCACCGUUGUCCUUGCCACUGUGGCGAUGUGAGAUGUCGUCGGAGUUGUAGUUGAGUUGAGUUAGUCCGUUAGUAGUUAGUCGUCGGUCCUUAAAAACAACGCUAGUUUGUAACUGUAAUUAAUUGUAGCCCGUACUCGUUUUAGUUAUUUAGGAGUGUGUGUGGUAGUUUUGUCUAUGUUUAAGCAGCAGAGCAUGUUGGGAGAUUUGAGAACACACACAACAAACGACACACUUCAAUUGUUAAUUACAUCCUUCGCCCACUCAUAAAUACUUACAAAUAAAUCAUAUUUAUCCACGUUCUACUAAUCGACGCAUCCUGGUGAGCGACCCAGAACAAAACAAAAAAGAACUAUGCAAAGUCCAAAAACAGCGAAUCAACUAUUAUUAAAGCGCGUGCAAUGCCUUAAGCUACAUAAUAUACAUACAUAUAUAUAAUUAUUAUAUUAUGUAUAAAUAGAUGCGCUUACAAAACGAAAAAAAAAGAGAAAGACAUUAUCAGCCGAAAAGAUCGUUGUCGUCAAUGGCAACGGUUACGAGUUCUAAUCAACAAUUAAAUGCGACACACUAAACACUAGCAGAAACAUACAGACAUUAAAACAUAAAUACAUACAUACUUUAUACGCCCAACACACCCACGAGAAAAACAAAAAUAAUAAUUGUUGUGGAAGUUGAAAUGCAAAACGCUAUGCAAUUAUUGAACUGAGGAUUUUUCCAGGCAACUGUCUGACAAAACUGUUAGUCAAAUGUAUUCACUGAUAUUGCGAUAUAAUAAAAAAAUUAUUCAAUGAAAUUAUAA